AUGAGUCGUAUAGAGCCGUCUGAUUUCGAUUCUGCGCCUAUCAAGGUGAGCGGUCGGAUAUUGAACUGCAUGACUCAAUUGCCCAACCAGAUUUAUAAAACAAAGAAUGACGAGUGGGAUCUCAAGCCUUUACGGGGCAGUUCUGCGUUGCAUGCGUCGAACUCGUUCCUGAGCGAGCACACCAAGUGGGAGCCGCACUUGAUUGCGUGGACGGGGGAGCUAUUUUCGUACAACGAGAACAUCCCUCACUCCAUCCCCACCAACCAGUCAAUUGAGAACGAUCCGCUUUAUUUGAGCGAGGAGGACAAAACAAGGGUCACCGAAAAGAUCCACGAGGCCAACAACGAUAAAAACAUCCAUCCCGUGUGGCUGUUGCGGAAAGACCAGGAAAGAUGGAGAAAGUACGCAGAAAACGUUAUCUGGCCGAUUUUCCACUACAUGCAGCCGGCUCCCAGUGACGGCCGCGAGGAGGAGCAAUGGUGGCACGACUACGUCAAAUUCAACGAGGCCUACGCCGCCAAGAUCAAGUCCAUCUACCAGCCGGGCGAUAUUAUCUGGAUCCACGACUAUUACUUGCUGUUGUUACCGCAGAUUUUACGUAUGGAGCUUCCACAGGCGUACAUUGGACACUUUUUGCAUCUGCCAUUCCCAUCGUCGGAGUAUUUCCGUUGUUUGAGUAAGCGGAAGCUGUUGCUGGACGGGAUCCUGGGUGCCAACCAGAUUGGGUUCCAGAACCACUCGUUUGCUCGUCAUUUCAUCAGCUGCUGCGCCCGUCUUCUUGGGUACGAGGUGACUCCCGACAGCGUGCACAUCCACUCUUCUAUGGUGAAGAUUGUGACGUUGCCAUUGGGAAUCGACGUGGCCAAGUUCGAGCAUGACGCGUUCACCGAGCACGUCGAGUCAAAGGUGCAGACACUCAAGCAGCUCAAUGGCAACCGCAAGAUCAUCAUAGGCAGAGACCGGCUGGACUAUGUGCGUGGAGUGGUGCAGAAACUGCAAGCGUUCGAGAUGUUCCUGGAGAUCCAUCCUGAAUGGGUCGGGAAGGUGGUUCUGAUCCAGGUUUCUUUCAAGCCGUUCUACCAUAGUUCCAAGCUGGACAAGCAGGUGAACGAGCUGGUGGCCAACAUCAACGCCAAGUACGGCUCGCUCGACUACACGCCGGUGCAGAACUACAACAUGCGUGUCAACAGAGACGAGUAUCUAGCUCUGCUGCGUGUGGCAGACCUGUGUCUGAUCACGUCUGUGAGAGACGGAAUGAACACGACUGCUCUGGAGUACAUUGUUUGUCAGAAGGAGACCAAGUCGCCGCUGAUUUUGUCUGAAUUCAGCGGGGGAGCCAGUAUUUUGCAGGACUGUGUGCAGGUCAACCCGUGGGACUCUGUUGGGGUGGCCAACUCAAUCAACGAGUGUUUGCUGAUGCCCGAGGACGUCAAGACGGAGAUUGAGACCAAGCUUUACCAGUCUGUGUCGCAGAACACAAACCAGGACUGGACGUGUCAUUUCCUGCAGAACCUGAUGGAAAUCGUGGUGAAACUGAACUCGAAGCACGGCACGCCGUAUUUGAACAAACCAAAGCUGUUGAAACGGUACAACCAGGCGAAACACCGGCUGUUCCUGUUCGACUACGACGGUACUUUGACGCCGAUUGUGCGGGACCCGAACGCGGCCAUCCCGUCUGCGAAACUGACCGGUAUAUUACAGGAGCUGGUGGCCGACCCGAAGAACGAGAUCUGGAUCAUCAGCGGCCGGGACCAGGAGUUUCUGGAGAAAUGGAUCGGGUCGCAGUUCCCGCAGAUCGGACUCAGUGCAGAGCACGGCUGUUUCAUGAAGAAAGCCGGCGAGAAGGAGUGGAUCAACCUGACCGAACGCUACGAGAUGUCGUGGCAGGACGACGCGGUCGAGCUCAUGAAGCACUACACGGAAAGAACGCCCGGCUCAUUCGUCGAGAAGAAGAAGGCUGCGGUGGUGUGGCACUACCGUAAAGCGGAUCCAGAGCUGGGCAUGUACCAGGCUGCCAAGUGCAAGGCGGAGCUGCUGUCGAGAAUGGCGUCGCUGGACGUGGAGGUGAUGUCCGGCAAGGCUAACGUGGAGGUGCGUCCAUCGUUUGUGAACAAGGGAGAGAUAGUCAGACGGCUGGUGCUGAACUCGGACCCGUUCGACGGCAAGAAGCGCGACUUUAACGACAUUCCGGACUUUAUCAUGUGUUUGGGAGACGACACCACGGACGAGGACAUGUUCAAGGUGCUGAACUCUGUGGAGCAGGACUGGAUGGACCACGGGCAUGUGGCCAAGGACGGCAACUCGGGGGUGUUCCCUGUGACGGUGGGGCCGGCCAAUAAGGAAACGGUUGCAAAAGCGUACCUUGCGGACCCGCGCCAGGUGUUGGACACUCUGGGACUGCUGGUGGGCAAAGUUUCGUUGUUUGACACGGCGGGCACAGUGGAGCUGGACGACCGCGGCCACCUCAAGGACAGUGAGAGCGCGUUGCGCUCGCAAAAGGCCCGUUUGGCGUACACCGCGGGGCGCUGA